AUGAUUAGAGGACCAAGAUCUGAAAUUUGUGGCAAGAGAGCCUAUGUUCGAUUUUUAAAUAAAACCAGCUUAGAGGUUGAUUUGAUAUGGUUAGAUUUCAGUGGGCGACAGAAGGUGUUCAAAACUUUGGGAAAAGAUCAGUUUCUGGAUGUUAACACCUUUAUAAUGCAUCCUUGGAUGGCGGUCAGUCAUCAUUCCAAAAAGAAUCUUUAUAUAGAGGGACAGAUCCAUCAUUAUCCUCCAGCUAGUAUUACCUAUUUUAGAAAAAGAUAUCCAGACGUAGAUAUUCCUGAUGAUUUCGAAACUCGAACCAUAGCCGUCAUUACUGUACCACUUUUCAGUUUGAAAUACACCGCACUUUUGGCUGUUCGAAGAAUGUUGAGACAAUCAUCGGAUGCUGAAGAACUUGAUCUGCCGAAAAAAUUGAUUGCGGAACUCCAAGAAGAUUUUGAAACUUUGGUUGAUUGA